AUGUCCGUUUUGUAUAAAANGGGAAUACUUUCGAUACUGAUUGGUCGUAGCCCUGAUAAUACAAAUGAGAAAAUACAAAAGAAAGCUGUUCGUGUGAUAUAUAAUGUUACACGUCUAUCAUCAGAACAAACAAAAUAUAUCGUUGAUCAAGGAGCAAUUCCAGCGUUGUGUUUUCAAUUAAAUACACAAACAAGUGACAUUGUUUUGAUGAGUUUAGAAAAUAUUCUUCAAUGGGGAGCAAAAGAAAGUCAACAAACGAAUAAACAUAAUCCAUAUGCAAUUAUAAUGCAAGAUUUACAUGUCUUGAAAGAUAUUGAAACGCUUCGAACUCAUACGGAUAUUGAAAUUGCGACGAAAUCUUCUCGACUAAUUCAAACAUACUUUGAUGGUUUAUGA